UUUCGGAACACCCUGAUUGAUUUGCUCUGAUCCUGAUCUGAUAUUCCUGAUGUUCUGAUAUUCUAAAAGAGAACAUUGCAGUAGAAGAACUUGAGUUGCCUCUUGUGACAUAGAGUGAAAACAAUUUCAAAAUGUUGAAUCUAAUUUUGAGGCAUCCUAUUAUUCCUAAAACUUUACUAACUCAAGUACGAUCUGUCCAUGGAAUCACACAAAAAUAUUUUAUAUGUGACAAGAAUAUAUUUUCAGCGGCAAUGACUAUUAGAAUGUUUCUAACGAGAUGCAUAAGAUUAUCUGCUGGAGCAACACGACAAACAAGAGAGAGUUUCCUUAAAUCAAACAAAUUGAUACAAAAUUUAUUAAUACAGCGUCGACAAAUGUCACAAUUGGAUGUAAACACAAAUGUACAGAACAAUGUAAUUUUAUAUAAAUUUGAAAGGAAUACAUAUUUUCGAAAUUUCCAAAUUUUUGGAGCUGUACAAUUAUUUUGUUGUUCAGUAUUGGCUUUUUAUAGUUAUACUUCAUCAUUCUGGGAUAUACACAGGGAAAACUUAAAAGAACAUUUACUGAAAUACAUGUUCCGAUUUGGCAUAUUUUUCUUUGCAAUUAUGAUAGGUCCCCUUGUGUAUCUUUACAUUUAUGCUACGUGCGCUCGUAGCAUCAAAUACAUUAUUUUAAAUAAAGGUGGUAAAACACUUUCAAUUAUUACUUAUCAUAUGCAAAAGAAGAAAUCCAAGCUAAAUUUACCAGUAGGAAUGGUAAAAUCUACCGCAGACAGACAAGAUAAUAUAGGAAUGUACCUACCACUUAAAAUAAAAAAUAGAUCUUUUUAUUACCUAGUUGAUAAAAAUGGCACUUUUGUAAAUUCAAGACUUUUUGAUUAUGUAAUGGGAUAA